CUGGGAGGGCCCACGGGCUGGGGCAGGGGAACUGGUAGAGGCCCAGGCCCGGCGCCCUCUGCUCCCACCGCCUGGUGCUCACCUCGCCAUGGUUCGCCUGCCUCUGCAGUGUCUCCUCUGGGGUUGCUUUUUGACCACCGUCCACCCAGAACCACUCACUGCAUGCAGAGAAGACCAAUAUCUAAUAAACAGUCAGUGCUGUAAUCUGUGCCCGCCAGGAGAGAAACUGGUGAACGACUGCACAGAGGUCACCGCCACAGAAUGCCUUCCUUGCAGUAACGGCGAAUUUAUAGCCACCUGGAACAGAGAGAAACACUGUCACCAGCACAAAUACUGUGACCCCAACCUAGGGCUCCUGGUCCAGAGGGAGGGCACUUCGAAAACAGACACCAUUUGCAUAUGUGAAGAAGAUCAACACUGUACCAGUGACACCUGCGAAAGUUGCACCCUGAACAGCUUGUGCCUCCCUGGCCUCGGGGUCAAGCAGAUCGCUACAGGGGUCUCUGAUACCAUCUGUGAACCCUGCCCGGUUGGCUUCUUCUCCAACGUGUCAUCUGCUUUUGAAAAGUGUUACCCUUGGACAAGCUGUGAGAGCAAAGGCCUCGUGGAGCAACGUGCAGGGACUAACAAGACUGAUGUCAUCUGUGGUUUCCAGCAUCGGAUGAGAGCCCUGGUGGUGAUCCCCAUCACGAUGGGGAUCCUGUUUGCUGUCCUGUUGGUAUCUGCCUGUAUCAGUGAGUCCCCAGGAAAGGUGGCCAAGGAGCAAGAGACUAAGAUCCUCCACCCUAAGGCUGAAAGGCAGGAUCCUGUGGAGACGAUUGAUCCUGACCCCACUCCAGUGCAAGAGACCUUACACUGGUGCCAGCCGGUCACCCAGGAGGAUGGCAAGGAAAGCCGCAUCUCUGUGCAGGAGCGAGAGUGAGGCUGUGCGUGCCCAGGAGCGUGCAACAUGGGCACGUGGCCAGAGAGCCUGGGGCUGCUGCAGCGGCGUGAGGGCAAGGGGUUGGCAAGCCCCCCCUCUGCCUACACCCCUGCAGUCCAGAAACAGUUCACCUCGG